AUGGGAAACACGGAAAGCAAUGUAACGAGUGGCGUCAAGAAACAGGCAGGAGUCUCCACCCAGGCCCUCUACAAAUUCGUCAAUCUCAAGGGCGGCGGCCUUCUGGUGGACAUGAUGAAGCGCGCUUGUCAAACCAAACAGUUUGCCGAGAUCGAUCAUGCGAUCAAAACGAAAGUGGAACCAUUUUUAUAUAACAAGGGCGCUGGCCGUUAUUUUCCCAUAUCGAAGCUGGUGCUGCUGCGAAAUCGGGACAGGCCACGGACCAGGCAAUUGCCCGAAAUACGGGCUCUCGAGAAUCCCGACGAUGAUUUCAAUAUACACGACUAUUGUCCGGAGGUAUCCGAGGCGGAAUACAUAUCGAAUCCCAGUGCCUAUCGUUUUGUGUGCUGGGAUCUGAACAUGCGCGGCGCUGUUGGUGAAACGAUUCUUCAUCUCUGCCUGCUGAAUGCCUCCUCGCUGCAUGCUGAUCUGGCGAAACGUCUCCUGAAGUUCUACCCGAAGCUCAUUUUGGACAUCUAUAUGAGCGAUGAGUACUACGGCGAGAGUGUGCUGCACAUUGCCAUUGUCAACGAGGAUCCGGCCAUGGUCAAAUACUUGCUAGACGCCAAUGCCGACGUUCAGGAGCGCUGCUGCGGCGCUUUUAUGUCCGCGGAGGACACGAAGGCCUCACGCACGGAUUCGCCGGAUCACGAGUACGUGGCGCUGGCGCCCAUGACCAACUAUGAUGGUUACGUAUACUGGGGCGAGUAUCCUUUAAGUUUUGCCGCCUGCUUGUCACAGGAGGAGUGCUUCAGACUGGUGCUGGCGCGCGGCGCAGAUCCGGACUUUCAGGAUACCAAUGGCAAUACGGUGCUGCACAUGCUGGUCAUUUACGAGAAGAUCGAAAUGUUCGAUGUGGGCUAUGAGGUGGGCUCGAACAUACACGUGCGCAAUAUACAAAAUCUAACGCCCUUGACGCUGGCUGCCAAGCUGGGGCGAGUCGAGAUGUUCUUCCAUGUGAUGAGCAUUGAGCGUGAGAUAUAUUGGCAGCUGGGCAGCAUCACCUGUGCCGCGUACCCCUUGCUCAUGAUCGACACCAUUAACGAGGAGACGGGCAACAUCAACAAGGAUUCCGUGUUGAAUUUUGUGGUAUUCGGUGACAAGCUGGAGCACUUGGAGCUGCUCGAUGGCGUGGUCAUUGAUCUGCUAAAGACCAAAUGGGACACCUUCUGCAAAUCGCGUUUCUACAAGCAGUUUUACAUGUUUGCCUUUUACUUUCUCAUAUCGCUGUUCAGCUUCAUCUUGCGUCCGGGUCCAGAUUCCAAGGAGGACGAGGAUGACGAGCCGGAGGGCACAGCUGUUACGCCUUCCAAUGGCAGCGCAUCUCACGAUCUGUACACCAACGGCAGUCUGGGCCAGCAUACCAAACGUGGCACAUCCAGUACCGAAUACAGUCCGUUUGUUGAAUCCAAUCAAAAAGAACAUGAAAUCAUUUUCGAUGUCCACACAGAAACCUUUUGGCUAAACUUUACGGAAUAUUAUGAUCCCAGCGAGGUCGAGACCCUGCCCGCCUGGUGGCAAACCUAUGCCCAGUGUCCGCUCAUGAAUCUGGAAUCGGAUCUGGCCAAGCUGCGCAUCAUAGCCGAGCUUAUUAACUUCGUGGGCGCCAUACUCUACCUGCUUGUCGCUCUGAGGGAGGCGCGCUUCCUGGGCUACAAAAUGUUCAUUGAGAAUCUGAUGACUGCUCCGUCGCGCGUCAUGUUCCUGUUCUCCUGCGCCCUCAUGAUGACCAUACCCUGGCUGAGGGUCUCCUGUCUUACGGAAAUCGAUGACCAUGUGACCGUUAUGAUAAUGUUGACCACGGCGCCGUAUUUUCUCUUCUUUUGUCGAGGCUUCAAGACAGUGGGACCCUUCGUUGUGAUGAUCUAUCGCAUGGUAAUGGGAGACUUGCUGCGAUUCGUUUCCAUCUAUUUGGUGUUUGUGUUGGGCUUCUCGCAGGCCUUUUACAUCAUAUUUCUGACCUUUGACAAUCCGUCAACGCCCGAGGAUCAGGACGCCGAAUCGAAUCCAAUGCCCUCGCCCAUGGAAUCCAUUGUGGCCAUGUUUCUGAUGUCGUUGACCAAUUUCGGCGACUAUUAUAGCGCCAUGGUGUCCACACAGCACGAGUACGAGGCCAAGAUAUUGUUCUUUCUAUUUAUGGUGAUUGUCAGUGUUCUGCUGGUUAACAUGUUGAUUGCCAUGAUGGGCAACACCUACCAGAAGAUAGCCGAGAUACGCAACGAGUGGCAGCGCCAAUGGGCGCGCAUUGUGCUCGUCGUGGAGCGCAGUGUACCGCCAGGUGAGCGCUUGAAGAACUUUAUGCAGUACAGCCAGUCCAUGUCCGAUGGCAGGCGCGCCCUGGUCCUGCGCCUGAACAUGACUGACGAGGAGAAGGAGGAAAUGAAGGAGGUGCAGGAGAUGAAGCGCAUCCACCAACGUUUCUCCAAAAAGCGCCAAAUGGAGCGGGAGGCGCGUGCCCGUCGUCGCCAGCAGGAGUACGAGAAAUUCUUUGGCACCGCCCCGAAGACGGACAGCACAGAGCAGCAUAAUCUGUGAGUCAGUCAUGUCCUGACAAUGUCCUGACAAUGAACUAGUUCAAGUUUUAUUGAACUGAGCGCUUCGCGCUUUGCUUAUUUUUCCUUUUCAUUUUCUUCUUGAUUUUUACACCCUGUACCCAUUGAUAAUAGGGGUAUGAUGGUUUUCUGCAGAGGUAUGUAACAGGCAAAUUUAUUAUUCAUCUAGGAUCUCGUCAAUAUUUUUGGAUAGCCAAGUCCGUCUGUCUUUUUGUCCGCCGGUCUGUCUAUUUGUCCGCUCGUCUGUCUGUUUGUCCGCCCCUCUGGUUGAACUCGUCGGUCUCAGAGACUCUACUCUGCUUCCACGAAAUCGUCUGCGUUUGAAGAGCUGAUGUCUUAUGGACUGAACUAAAAACAUGGCUGUUAUUCAAAAAUGAAAUUCCCUCAGAGAUUAGAAGAAGAAUAUGUAUAUAGAAGAAAGCUGGAGCAUUUGUAACCGCAGUUGGGCUCAGGGUAUCUCCAAGUCGGGCAUUGCCGACUAGAGCACUCUUUACUUUUUGUGUUCUGUUGAGAAUCCUGUUAAGAUUUGUUCGUAUUGUGCAAUAAAUGUUUAGUCU